AUGUCCAAUUGGCAGGGUCAACUCACCGACGAUGCGGAUUCCUCCUACAUUGGUACUACCUUCCAGUCCAAUGAUGCCGAUGCCGUAGACGUCACCUUUUCUGACUAUGAAUCUGAGUACGUCCCAUCAGAAACAAGUUCGGACCGGGCAUUCAUUGCUCCGGACACCGACACGCUCUCAUAUGUAUCCGACAAACCCUCGGAAGAAGGAAAUGUUUGUUGUGGCUUACAGGUGCCCAUCUUCUCCGGGGAUGAAAAAGCCGGUCAAAACAAUCUCAAAGAGAACAAUAUGCUGUAA